UAACCGUCAGUGGUAAUAAGUAGGGAGGGACCUGCUCGGCGUUUUAAUUACCCUAGAAAUACCCGUUUUCGUUUAGUUUUCGCGCUAAUCGCGGAGGAGCUUCUUUGAGUAGAGAAAGGGAAGAGACUCCAAGUGUGUUGAAUAAAAAGAAGCCGAGUGUAGUUUGAAAAUAAAAAAAUUGUGAACAUGUUUGAGAGGCGGCAAUCAAUAGACGUUCACGCGGAGGAACACAAUAUCGAUAAUGCGGUCGAAGUGGCCGGAUUCGGUAAAUUUAAUCUUAAAGUCGUGACAGUGAGCGGAUUAAUCGUGUUCAAUACUGCAUUCAGUAUCAGCAGUGUUGGUCUGAUACUGCCUUCGGCAGCGUGUGAUUUCAAUUUGACAACUGCGGAUAAAGGUCGCAUGUCGGCAGCUCCAAUCCUAGGAAUGGUCGUAGGGUCCUAUUUCUGGGGCUGCUUAGCCGACUUGAAAGGCCGGAAGUUUGCUCUCCUCACAGCCCUGUUCUCCCAAGGAAUGUUCGAGGCCAUAUCCUCCGUCGUUCCGAACUACUGGGUAUAUUUAGUGCUAAAGUUUUUCAGUGGCUUCUCUGCUAACGGCCAAACUGCGGUUGUGUUCACGUACCUGGGGGAAUUUCAAUCGUCAAGACUGAGAGAAAGGAUUCUCUGCUGGCUGGAACUGACCUGGUCCUUAGGAUUAAUUGGAUUACCCCUCGUUGGAUGGGGCAUAAUUCCUCUUGAAAUUUCGUACGCGACGAAAUACUUUCAUUUUCACUCUUGGAACUUAUUCGUAUUAAUUUGCUCUUUGCCGGCGUUGGUAAUAGGACUGUGGCUUUUGACAUUUCCCGAGACACCGAAGUAUCUUGCGGAAUCGGAUGACGAUGCUAAACUCGCUGACACUCUCGAUUUGAUGCAUAAAGAAAAUACUGGAAAAUCAUUCGAUGAGUACCUCGAAAAAUUAGAAAAACACGGUGGCACGGAAUUUUGCGCCAGGUUGAAGGCUCGCUCAAUUGCUUCGAAAAAGGAAAAUUCACAGCUGGCAAAAGUGGGCAAGGUAUUCGCCCAAGUUUACGUACAAACAAUAACAAUAUUAAAACCGCCAUUCUUGCAAAGAACCGCAAUCUCGUGUGCCAUAAUGUUCUGUCUCGGUUCGUCAUACUACGCGCUGACAAUAUGGUUCCCCGAGAUAUUCACGAGAUUCGCUAAAUUCGAGGCGAAAUUCCCCGGUGAAUCGGCGAGCGUCUGCAGCAUAACUAAAUCGAACUCAGUGAAUGCAACUAAUGCAGCUCAUGAGUGUCCAGUGAACAUUCCAACCAAUGUUUACAUGCAUACAGUAAUUCUUGGUGCUGCCUGUAUUCCUCUGAGUCUCCUCCUUCCUGCUUUCGUGUACUCUCUUGGAUAUAAAUUUUAUUUAAUUUCUUCGAGUAUUGUUGCAUCAGCCAUUACCAUUGGGCUUUUUUUCGUGCGAUCAUCUACACAAAAUCUCGUCCUGUCUGCUAUUUACGAGGCGUUCACCUCCAUCGGGAUGAGUAUCGUUCUCUGUAUAGUGAUUGAAAUUUUUCCGACGAAAUUCAGAGCAAUGGCCUCAGCCCUCGCAGUAUUUUUCAUAAGAAUCGGUGCACUAUCCGGAAAUUUACUCUUCGGAUUCUUGAUCGAUAAUUACUGUGUGCCUGUCAUCAUAGUUCUUGCUGUGCAGCUUCUCGUUUGUGCGCUUCUCGGACUACUGAUUCCCCUCAAACGAAGAGAGAAGAAGAUCCCGGAUGAGAAUGAAGUUACAUCCCUUUGAAACACCGCUGGAAAGUCGAAGAAAUGGUCUAGUCAUAAUUACACAUGUGUGAAUACAAUCCAUAAUUCAUGCGCUCGUUAAAGAACAUCAUUUUUCACUCCAACAGCAUAAAUUGAGAUAUUGAAAUAAAACAAGUUUUUAAUUCAA